CCCCCCUUUCCCCUCCCCAAUCCUGUUGCCUCCUCCUCCUCCUUUCCCUCGUCCCUCCUCCACUUUACAAUCCCGAGACUAGCGGCCAACCGGGCCAAGAGCGAGGUGGGAAAGAGGCGUAACGGGAAGAAAAGGCUUGUUGGCGAAGUCCCGGGCCACUUCCCGGCCCAGGGUCCGAGCCCUGUGGGCUCAGUUGGCGGCCAACUUCCCAGCAAGGAGAGCGGCCGCUCUCAUUCUGCUCUGGGCGGGCGGGUAACAGAGGAGAUAGAGUCCUCAAGUAAAGUUGAAUUCUGCAGUUUUAACUUCUUCAAUUUGGAGAUUUCUGUAUAUUCAGAUAAGGAAACUGCCCUUGGCCAAGAAAAAGAGCGUUUUCCAUCAAGCAUAAAUUCAUGCUGACUGUUCGUGUUUGGUAAAAAGGUGUCACUUUUUUCUGAAGCUGUCCACCCAGACUUCUUGGUAUUUCUGUGGAAUAUUAACAGGUGUGUGAUGUCAGAGCAGGAGGCAGUGCUUGGGACCUCCCCCCCAGAAGACUGAGCGCCUGUCAUCAUGAGCCAGUAUGAAUGCUAACAGAGCAGCUGGAGCUGUCAGGGGAGGGGAAAGAGAGGAGGGGCUGAGCAUGCUGGAAGUCAAUGACUGAAUCACCCAACUUCUUCCCAGGACUGCCUGGACCUCAGUGACUGCAAAACUGCCUGGAAAGGAGCCCCGAGGUCUCCUUCUGCCUUCAUUCCGCGGUUGGGGCGGCUGUGAGCGCCGCCCGUGUAUUUACCCUUUGGAUUUCUGACUUUGGAUUCUGACCCCCCCUCCCCCAAAAUAGCUUCAUUUCAAGAACAGACAUCCAGUGGACAUUCUGGUCCACUGCCUUGGACCUCAAAAUGUGUCAUGUCAUUGUCACCUGUCGCUCCAUGCUGUGGACUCUUUUAAGCAUCGUGGUGGCUUUCGCGGAGCUCAUCGCUUUCCUGAGCGCAGACUGGCUGAUUGGCACUGCCAAGCCCUCCAGCAAUGUGGACGUGGACAACAGGACCGGGGGCUCCCAGCAGCCUUACCACCCCACCUUGGGCAUCUACACGCGCUGCAUCCGCAUCUCCCACAUCCACCACUCCAACCGCAACACCCUCUGCGGUCCCUACGCCGAGAACUUCAACGAGAUUGCCAGUGGCUUCUGGCAAGCCACCGCUAUCUUUCUGGCCGUUGGGAUCUUUAUUCUCUGCACGGUGGCGUUCAUAUCUGUCUUCACCAUGUGUGUGCAGAGUAUCAUGAAGAAAAGUAUUUUUAAUGUCUGUGGGCUGCUACAAGGAAUUGCAGGUCUGUUCCUUAUUCUAGGAUUGAUACUCUACCCUGCUGGUUGGGGUUCCCAGAAGGCAAUAAACUACUGUGGACAUUAUGCAUCUGCCUAUAAACUAGGAGAAUGCUCCUUAGGCUGGGCUUUCUACACGGCCAUUGGUGGUACUGUCCUGACAUUCAUUUGUGCCGUCUUCUCAGCACAAGCCGAGAUCGCCACGUCCAGUGACAAAGUCCAAGAAGAAAUUGAAGAAGGGAAAAAUCUGAUCUGCCUCCUUUAAUUUGACAAAGAGAGAGAGAGAGAUCAGAGCCUGUUCUUUCCUGAUUAACUUUGGAAAAGGACCCACUUUCCUGUUUUCACUGACGGUGACCACCCGUGUGUCAUGAGAGGCCUGUUUCUACCGAAGCCAUCCUUCAUUCUCCCAGAUCUCUGAGGAACCAACAGGAAGAAACAGUCCAUUUCAGAGAAGCUGGACACAAGCCACCAACGGGGCAAGGUGGGGGAGGGAGGUUAGAAGCAUGUAAAUAGCAUAUAAACCAUGUUAAAUAGCUGACAAAUGCUGUCAUUGUUAGAUUGCAUCUUCCCCCAGAGCCCCUGAAGGGUUCUGAGAUAAUAAAACCAGCAAUCUUUAUUCUGGACAGGAUGAGAAAGGAAACUAGAUUGGGGAUGUCAAAAGGCUUCUCCUUUCUGUGUUUUGAGACUGUUUAGGGCCUUUAUAAAAAGAACAUCCAUCAGAAUGAGUUUUGUGGGGCGGAAGGACUUCAAAUACAGCUACCUGCCUGUUACUGAACACUUUGCUGGGUAAAAUGAAGCUAUACUCAGUCCCUGCAGUGGAAAAACAAAUGUUAAAGGGGAAACAGGAUAUUGUUACUGGGUCAAGCCACUCACCCUCCUUGGGUACCACAGAGAGGGCCUGGAAGUGAUACUGACUUUGGGGGUGCAGCCCUUUGUAAACUCCCCCCCCACGGAGAUCACUCAAGAUGAAGCACCUUCUUGGGUUAGGUGAACAAAAAGUCAGUCUGGGAUUACAGAAACUAGAUAAAGGUUAAAGUCUUACCAUCCAGUGGUUAUGAAGUUACUAUCUUUGAUCUUUUCAACACUAUGAAGGUUCCAAAUUACAUUCCUGUCAGCCACUUGCCCCACAGACACUGACAUUUCUUUACACUUCAGUCUGCAAUAUUAGUGAUUAAUAAGACCCCCUCUCCUAGCCCUCAGCAUCCAGACUUUCUGGACCUAGCUAAGCUGGUCCGUGAUGGACCAGUCUGUCACCAGGGUUCCAUUAAAGGACUUGCCAAGGCUUACUCAUGGAGAAAGAAUACAGGGUCACCUCCACAUCUAGAAGAAGUGUCAGAGUAGGGGUUAGGUGGUGGCUCCCUUUAAAUAUUGGAAAUAAAUGCUUUUCUUUCCUGAACAUGGUCAAAUAGGCUAGCCUGUGGGGCUAGCGAGUCCUGAGAUUGUCCCUGUUUCCAGUUCAAAUGAAGAUCAUGUGUUUUUUUGCAAGUGUUAGGACUUGGCUUCAUUCAACUGCCAAAGGGAAACUCAUUCCCUUUCCUCAUUCCAGAAACUGAUGUCCUAGGGCCAGCUGUGGCCCAUUCAAAUGCUUAACGAAGAAGCCCUGCCAAAUUCUCAGCAUUUGUGGGGAGAUAUUUUCCCACUGUUUGUUCACCAUGUUGCCGUCAGCUGUAUUUCCAAAUCCAGCAGCAACAACAGCAAUACAGUUACCACAACUGACAUUUUUUUUUUUUACCAAGAAAAAAGAGCUAGUCAUGUGAUUUUAGUUUUUCUAGGCAGAGCAACUCCUCCAGAGGACAAACUUAAAGAAGAUGGAAUGACUGCAAUGGAGAAAUUCUUCCCCAGAAGUUAGAAUUUUUAAGUUAGUGAAUCUGAAAUCACCCCCUGCUACAUAUCCACUCCAUGUGCAGGAUACAUGGACAAAUUCAAGAAAACUCCUUCCUGUAUUUGGAAAACUUCUGCCAAUCUUGGAAAGUGCCUUGGGGACCAGAAAGCACAUCUAUGUUGACAACUUUAUUGUUUUGCCAUUCCGAACUUUUAACUUUUAAACCAUAUUCAUAAUAUUUCUUUGCAAAACUAGUCAAUUUGCAAGCAUGAAGUCUUCAUUUUGCUCCUUCAUAUUCAUCAAUUGGCCAAAAUUUGGGGGUGGGCGGAAGGAUUUUUGUGAAAUUAAUUGAUACUGUUACUUUUUCUAAUGUUUCAGAAAGUAGCUAAAAAUAUGUAUCAGUGAAAUCAAAUUGAUUGCCAAAUCCCAAGGAAACUUUCAAAGAGACCAAUAGGGACGUGUUCUUAUUUUUUGCUUUCUUACAACAUUACAGUUGCAAGCAUUGACUUGGAUGGAAACAAAUGUAGCCCUAGUAGUCUGCUGAUCAGAAUUGCUUUCCAUUCUGCCCAGUAAACGCAAUUUAUGUGUGUUUCUUUGAUAUCUUAUAUAAGAAUCUUUAGGAAAAUCAUGACUUUUGGGGGGGAUAGGUAUUCCUCCUCUAAUUCCUCUUCAUGUUGUGAAGGUGACCCUUGAUUCUUGAAGUUCUAACUUAUUGCAUCAAUUCAAUUUAUUUUAAGCAUUAAGCUGCUAUUGUGUGCCAUGCACAAAAUCAAAAAAAAAAAAAAAAAAAAAGAAAACUUUUUGCUUGUAA